AGCUUUUUGGCUAUGAAUCAAGAUAGAUGGAAACGAGAACUUUCGUGCAACAUAUCUACAUUGUUACGUAAUAUAGAAAGUUUAAAACAUUAUGUUAUUGAAACUUGGAACUCUGGUUGCUCUUUACAAGAACUUGUCAACAAGAGUGAGGAAUUGUGUUCGAUAUGGACUUGCACAAUACACGAACUUGAAGAAGAAACCAUACGACUACGAAAAGAGUCGAAUCGUUGUCACUCCAAAAUGUAUCAGUUGGAGGAGCAACUAGAAGAGUCUCGUGCAGAAGAACAAAGUUUGCGUGAAAACUACGAGUCAGAGACUUGCAAAAGGAAGCAAACUGAAUAUAGACUACAACAAUUGGAACAGCAACUAAAAACUCAGAAUGAAACUUUACAAAAGGAAACCUUAGAAAAGGAUCAUGCUUUGGUACAGAUUCAAACGCUACAGUUGGAAACAGAAAACUUGCGUAACAAACUGCGUACUAGUGAGACAGAAUACAAAUGGCUUCAGAAUGAUUUUAUAUUGCUCGAGCAGUCACGAGAUGAAGCGUUACAACACUUGUCAAGAGCGAAAAAAGAAUUACGAGACUAUAGAGAAUGGAGACGGCAUUUCGAGCAUAAUUAUGAGAGUAUUCAAACGCGUUUAGAGUCCAUGUGUGAAGAAAUGAAGCAACUGCAAUGGAAACUAGAUAAAGCAGAGAAUUUGAAACAGGCAACUGAAUUUUUACAAACAGAAAAUGAAAAUACCAGAAAUAGUGAGCUAACAAGGAGAAAUGGCAAAGACAAUACUGAGUCCAAUGAGGAAUCUUCCGAAUGUGAUGAAAGUUGUUCGUACAAAUUGGACACCCUUGUGAACCGUGUUUCUUCUCUAUCUUUGGAGGACAAAAAUGCGAUAAACUGUGAUUGUUGUGAACAGAUGAGAGUUCUUCAAGACAAACUGCAGCAUGAAAAUGAAGAAUUGCAAAAGAAAUUGGAUAGAGCAGCCUUGUCUAUGGAAGAAUUGUUGCAAGAAUUGGAGAAUAAGGAAUAUUCUGAAUGGACUUGCUCUUUACAGAAUGCUUUGGAUGAUGCCAUGGUUAUUAUAAAAGGAGAAGUUAUAACUUUGGAUCAACAAGGAAUGGUAAAUAUUUCAAAGAUGGUGUCCAAAUUGGAAGCUUAUCAUUCUUCUUUGAAAAACGAUCCUAACCACUUAUUCAAAGUUGCUCAUGCCAUCAUUAAAAAGUCAAUUAUAGAAGUAGAAUAUCAUCCUUCUAAAGCGGGAGAACUAUGGCAUGUUAACGAUGAAUCUCUAAAGAGGAUUCGCGAACAUGACAAGGUUUAUCUGUUUCGACGUUUACAGGAACUUGUUAUUGCUUAUGACAAUAUGGAUAAAGUGGUUCGUGAUGAUUUGAUAACUGCGAGAGAAAUAAUUAUCAAUGCACGAAUACUUUUAAAGCUAGCUCGUCUCUGCAAAAAAGCAUUAGUCAAUCGAAAGGGAGACAAGAAUAAGAAAACUUUUAAAAAGUUCACAAGUGAAUGAUAGAAAACCUUAUAAAUCUUAAUUGC